AUGGCACAAUACUUCUUCGACCUGGUCUAUACCCUGUCCAAUUGCAUGAGUUGUUUCCCCGGCUCUCCCCAGCUAAAGAUCAACAAUCGAAGCUUCAAGAUUCUGCGGUUGCUUGGAGAGGGCGGGUUUUCGUACGUUUACUUGGUCCAAGAUACCAGCAAUGAAGCCCUCUACGCCCUCAAGAAGAUCCGGUGUCCUUUCGGCCAAGAAUCCGUUGCGCUGGCUAUGAAGGAAGUGGAAGCGUACGCCUUGUUCUCACCCCAUCCGAAUAUUAUACAUAGCGUCGACUACUGCGUAUCUGCCGAUCGAUCAGACCCGGGCGCGAAGACUGUAUAUAUACUUCUGCCAUAUUACCGACGGGUUUCCGGAGCGGAGCUGAUGGUGUUGUUCCUGGGUGUUUGUAAAGCAUUGAAGGCUAUGCACAAUUAUAAAGUUGGCGGCGGGCCUGGAGGCGUAAAUAGCCAGAACAAAGCGAAGAGAGUCCGAGGGCAAGCAGCAGCGGCCGACCAAGAAGCCGCGGAAGAAGUGGAACUGCAAAGAGGGAGGCAGAGUGGGAGAGAAGUGGACUCAGAUAGCGAGCAACAAGAGCCAUUGAUGGAAGGGGAGGUCACAAGGUCUCAGGAGGGCAUUGCGCCGGGCGAGAUUCGAGCUUACGCCCAUCGAGAUAUCAAGCCAGGCAAUAUUAUGAUCGAUGAUGAUGGUGAACAACCAAUUCUUAUGGAUCUGGGAUCGCUCGCUACUUCACCUACACCAAUCACAUCGAGAUCUAUGGCCCUUGCGGUCCAGGACACAGCCGCAGAACAUUCAACGAUGCCAUACCGCGCCCCCGAGUUAUUCGACGUCAAGACAGGCAGCGUAAUCGAUACAAAGGUGGACAUAUGGUCAUUAGGCUGCACACUAUACGCAUGUCUAGUGGGGAAAUCGCCGUUUGAAAUGCGAAGCGACGAGACCGGUGGAAGCUUGAGUAUCUGCGUGUUAAGCGGAGACUGGAGGUUUCCAGACGAGGGCGCCGGAGGAAAGAAGAAGGCGAAGAACCAAGCUGGGCAGAGUGAGGAUAGCGGGAUCAGCGAAAAUAUUAGAGAGGUUGUCAGGAAAUGCUUGAAGGUUGAGCCAGCUGAACGACCAGAUGUGGAGGAAUUAAUGACGAUAGUCGAGGAGGUCAUCGCUGACUUGCCAGAAGAUGGGCCUUCAUAA